AUGGACUGUCCGGGGAAGGAAGGCGUGGGGGGAAGGAAGAGGAAUUUGGCCCUGCUGAGGAAUAAGCUGUACAUGGGGGAGAGGAGGAGGACAGAGCCCGUGGUGGAGAGCACCGCCACCGCCGGGGACCAUGGCACCUUGAGGAGGAGUCAGUCCGACAGGACAGAGUACAGCCAGAAACUACAAGAAAAAAUGGCCCCACAGGUGGCCACCUCGCCACAGGAGGAUGAAGAACAAGUCAGUAGACGCAUGAUGGCCAAGAGGGUGAAAAUCAUUGCAGAACUCAUGCAGACCGAGAAAGACUAUAUCAGCAACUUGGACCUUUGCAUCAAGGAAGUGAUUCAGCCCCUGAGAAACAAGCAGAUUGCUCGCUUUGACGUGGAUGGCUUGUUUAGCAACAUUGAAUUGGUCCAUCAAGUAUCAGCCAAACUGCUGUCAUUGUUGGAAGAAGCCACAACAGAUGUGGAGCCACCCAUGCAAAUAAUCGGGGAAGUGUUCUUGCAGAUUAAAGGCCCACUAGAAGACACAUAUAAAAUCUAUUGCUAUCACCAUGAUGAUGCACACACCAUGCUGGAAUCCUAUGAAAAGGAUGAAGAACUGAAGCAGCAUUUAAGAGACUGUGUACAGUCCUUAAAAAAGAUAUAUGAAGAAGAAGGGAAGCCAAAUCUAAUGGACAUGGGAUCUCUGAUGAUUAAACCAGUGCAACGGGUGAUGAAAUAUCCCUUGUUACUCCAUGAACUCUUGAAUUCAACUCCUGCUUCUCACCCUGACCACAAGGCGCUACAAGAUGCCCUUUUUGUCAUGAAAAACAUUAAUGUGAACAUCAAUGAACUUAAAAGGAGGAAAGAUUUAGUGCUGAAGUAUAGGAAGAAUGAUGAUGAUGAAACCCUUAAAGAAAAGUUUUCCCGACUGAAUAUUCACUCCAUCAGCAAGAAAUCCAAGAGGGUCACCAGCCAUCUGAAAAUACUGACAGGGGGAGAACCUCAGGUGAAAGAUCAAAUCUUUAAUAGGGAAGAAAAAUUGUUUCGAAGUUUAGAGAAGACUGUGAAAUUGUGUGUGAAGAACAUUUCGCUCUCUUCACAACAUCUACAGGAUUCUAUACAUCUGGCUGCCCAGAAUAUAGUUGGGCUUCAGGAAAUCUUGCAAGAUAAAGGUGACAAAGUCAAUGACUGUUUGAAAAAAGGGAACAACACUGCAAAUCUCUGUGAAGACCUUAUGGCUCAACUGGACAAGCUUAUUUUGACUCCUCUCUCAGCACUACAAGCCUUGUUUUCAGGCCCUCAGAAACUCAUCCAGAAGCGCUAUGACAAGUUGUUGGACUACAACAGCUGCCUUCAGAGGUCAACCGGAGAAGAGCUGAACCUGGCAAAGAAAGACUAUGAGGCUCUAAAUGCACAGCUAGUGGAAGAACUUCAGGUAUUCAACAGAGCAGCCAAAAAGAUUGUGUUGAACUGCCUACAUUGCUUCAUCACCUUCCUCAGGAAUAUUAUGUCUGCAGCGCUUCAAUCAAAUUCUGCUGUGGUAGUGCCUGUUCCACUGUCCUCCUCAAGCAUCUGUGAAGUGCAGAAUCAAUUGAUAGAGGAGGUUCACAAGCUGAAUUUUGUAAAAGAAAACAGCAGUGCAACAUUUAUUGAGAGAAAAUUGAGCUUGGAAAGAAAGAAACCUGUCCCUUCUCCCCUGGAGUCCCCACGUCAAACAGAAGGCCACAGGUCCAAGCUGUUGUCUACGUACAGCCCCGAAUCGCUGUACCAAGCUAAGCGCAAGUGCAAUGCCACUCAGGAAUUUGAUAUUGAUUUACAUGGAGGAGAACUGGUGGCUGUCGUGGAGCAAAAGGACCCCUUCGGAAGUACAAGCAGAUGGCUUGUUGACACAGGAAUCCUUAAAGGGUAUGUGUAUUCCUCCUUCCUGAGGCCUUACAAUCCAGCCAAAGCACAGAAGGAUGUCACAGAAAACGGCUUUAGUGAUGAUGAUUUUGAUAAUAUCAGCCUCUUUGUCUCUUCACGGCCCUCUACUGACAGCAGCACAAGAAGUCCAGGGCACAAGAAGAGUGACAGCAGCUCUUCUCUUCAAAUCUGUGAAAAUCCCACAAUUAAUGGCACAGGGACUGAUACUCUUCAGGAUAUGGAUGAUCAGCAUACCUUCUAUGCUGUUUACGCAUUUCAAGCAAGAAAUGACCAAGAACUCAGUCUUCAGGAGUACCAGAAGGUUAGGAUACUUCGUUUUUCUGACCUGAGUGGCAAUAAAGAAUGGUGGCUGGCUGAAGCAAAAGGUCAGAAAGGAUAUGUACCAUCUAAUUAUCUUGGGAAGAUGACAUACGCUUAGGAAGAGAAGGGCCCAUCGAGCCAGUCUCUCUGAAGCAAACAGAGUAAUCAUCUGUUACAUUUUGCAGCAAGCAAGGCAAACUCACAAGUGAUUGACAGAAGCCAUGGUAUCCAGCACACAAAUGAUAUUGAGAACCUCCAUCCUCCAAAAGCUAUCACCUUGUCAAGAUCUGAGUGAAGAAUGACUUAACAGAAAGACUGAUCCUGAUUAACAUCCUAAAGAGCUUGCUUUUCUAUUACCCCAUAAUUUUCUCUUUUGUCAAAGCAUCCUGUGUCAAGAGUCAACCUACAAGUACAAAUCACAGCUGAAAUCAUGUUUUUCUUCCAUAAUAUUUAGCAAAUACUAUUCAAGAUGAAGAGAAUUAGCCUUGAAAAAGGACAAAUUCAGUCAUCAGGGAUACUGUAGGCUGAAUUGUUCCUUAACUGCUAUUUCAAUGAACAUAGAUGGAUCUUAAAACUUGAACUUUUUGACUGUCUGUUUUUAUCCUCAGUCACUUUUGUAAUGAAUUUUUUCCUCAGUGGAGAUUAUUGGAUUGAGAAAAGAAAAGGAGUUUCAUUUUUUAGAAACAUUUCAACUUACAAUAUACCAAGCGUGGUGGUACGAGUGACUGGUCCCAGGGAAGAAGGUAUGUUUAGUUAAAUAUGGAAAUGCAGGGGGGGAAAGAGGGGACACAAGAAACAACUACUGUGAAUUAAAGAAGUUACAAUUUUCAAAAGAAUUACACAACUGCUUUGUAUGGUAUAAACAGUUUGUAGCAAUAUGGAAUUACCCCAGAUUUGAAAUUCCACA